AUGCCCUCUGCUCGUCCAGUCGUUACUGUAUGGUCUGACUCCACCGACGGUUCAGAUGGCACAACAAACUUGCCUGCCGUAUUCUCUGCACCAAUCCGUGCUGAUGUUGUCAACUUUGUCCACACCUGUAUUGCAAAGAACAAGCGUCAAGCGUACAGUGUGAAUGUCGAUGCUGGUCACCAAACUAGUGCUGAAUCCUGGGGAACUGGUCGUGCUGUGGCCCGUAUUCCUCGUGUAUCAGGUGGUGGUACUCACCGUGCUGGUCAAGCCGCCUUCGGUAACAUGUGUCGAGGUGGUCGUAUGUUUGCUCCAACAAAGACAUGGCGGAAAUGGCACGUAAAGACAAACCAGUCUCAACGUCGAUUCGCUACCUGCUCUGCUUUGGCUGCUUCUGCUCUCCCAGCUUUGGUUAUGGCUCGUGGUCACCGUAUUGAUGGCAUCCACGAAAUUCCAUUGGUAGUAGGAAACGGUAUCGAGUCAUUGAAUAAGACAAAGGCUGCUAUGGGUGUAUUGAAGACCCUACAUGCUGAUGUCGAUGUCCAAAAAGUCGUAGAUAGCAAAAAGUUACGUGGUGGUGUUGGAAAAAUGAGAAACCGUCGUCAUCGUAUGCGUCGUGGUCCUCUUAUUGUAUAUGGUGAAGACAAGGGUCUUGUCAAGGCUUUCCGAAACAUCCCUGGUGUCGAAUCGUGCCCAGUAUCUUCUCUCAACUUGUUGCAAUUGGCUCCUGGUGGACACGUUGGCCGUCUCAUCAUCUGGACUAAAUCAGCAUUCGAGAAAUUGGAUACCAUCUUUGGAACAUUCGCUACUCCAUCUACCGUAAAGAAGGACUUUACCUUACCCAAAACCAUCAUGUCAAACCCAGAUUUGGCUCGUAUCAUCAACUCUGACGAAGUACAGGCUGUAGUACGACCUGCAAAUGCACCCAAAUCUAAACGUCCAUUCACUCAACGAAAGAACCCAUUAAAGAACUUGGGUGUCUUGACUCGAUUGAACCCAUAUGCUAAACAAUUGAGAACACAAGAGGUUGCCAAAGAAAAGGCACUAAAGACAAAGACAGCACAAAAGAAGGCUCGUGAUGCCAAGGUCACUGCUUUGAGGAAGCAAACCAAGCCAUUCGUGGAAUCUCUCCUUGCCGAAUCAUAG